AUGAAGUACUUUCAGCAAACAGUCGACUUCGACUACUCGUGGGAAGAAGUCUCGACAAGCAACUGGCGCAAGUACGGCCCUUGGAACGAAAAGACACCCCAUGUCAUCGCUGUCGACACUCUCAGUCGGUCAGUCGACCCUGCCACAGGAAUCUUACGAACAGAGCGUCUCAUCACCUGCCAACAAUCAACACCAAAGUGGAUCCAGACCAUCCUCGGCGGCCAAGACACAUCCAUGGUCUACGAGACAUCCUACGUCGAUCCUGUCGCUAAGAAGCUCACCCUCUGCUCCAUGAACAUGACAUGGUCCGACCUCCUCAACGUUCGCGAAACAUGCAUAUACCAGCCCGUCGCCUCAUCGCCCAACGACAAGACUGCCUUUACCCAAAGAGCAGAAAUCACGGCCCUAUGUGGUGGCUGGCAGAAGAUCAAGAACAGCAUCGAGCAGUUUAGCGUCGAGCGCUUCCAGCAAAACGCCGCAAAGGGCAAGGAGGGGUUCGAGAUGGUGCUCGAGAGAGCGCGACAAGUGUUCCAGGAACAGCGCGAGAUUUUGCAGCUACAACAGGCACAGCAGGACAGCAACAUCCUACGACAAGCCAAGAUGUGA